AACAUGGAGACCGAUGGAGAAAACACCACUAUCCGGUCACCGGAGUCUCGCCGGAGAAUCGUAUUAUUCCCCCUACCUUUCCAAGGUCAUAUCAAUCCCAUGUUUCAGCUUGCAAACAUUCUUCACACCCGCGGUUUUCAAAUAACCAUCAUACACUGCCAAUACAACUCUCCAAAUCAUUCAAGCUAUCCUCACUUCAGCUUUAGGUCCAUCAACGACCACUUUUCCAAGGUCGUACACAUGUUGCCGACUAAUCGAGAUAUCAGCUUUUACCUAAAGUACCUUAAUAGAAGUUGUGCAGAUCCGUUUAGGGACUGUCUGACUGAGUUGUUGGAUGAGGAACCAGUUUCUUGUUUGAUCGUGGAUUCCACGUUUUACUUCACUCAAGCGGUGGCGGAUGACCUGAAACUACCUCGGAUGGUGCUCCGAACCACCAGUCUUGGUUGCACCAUUGCUUUUAGCGUUCUACCCUUCUUGUCCAAGGAGGGUUGCUUUAACCUUACAAAACAAGAUCAAGAUUGUGAGGCGUUGGUGCCAGAAUAUCCACUAAUGAAAGUAAAAGACGUGUUGAAGAUAGCGAUUAACCCACAAGGUUAUGGAGAUUAUAUCAGCAACAUGCUUAAACAAAUGACAAUAUCAUGUGGGCUCAUUUGGAAUACCUUCAAAGAGCUUGAAGAACCUGAACUAGAAACAAUUAACAAAGGUUUUCCGGUUCCUAGCUUCACUUUAGGCCCGUUCUACAAGUACUUCCCGGCAUCUUCAAGCAGCUUAAUCAAACAAGAUCGAACUGUUCUUUCAUGGCUAGACAAACAACCUCCCAAGUCUAUGAUAUAUGUAUGUUUUGGGAGUGUUGCACGUAUUAAGGAUUUUGAGUUUCAAGAAGUGGCAUAUGGGUUGGAAAAUACGAGUUCACCAUUCUUGUGGGUGGUUCGACCAGGGACUGUUCUUGGUUUAGAAUGGAUCGAGUCAUUGCCUGAAAAGUUCAUAGAAAGAGUGGGUGACAAGGGACUUGUAGUGAAAUGGUGUCCUCAACCAGAAGUACUAGCUCAUCCGGCAACAGGGUGUUUUUGGACUCAUAGCGGAUGGAAUUCAACAUUGGAAAGCAUUUGUGAAGGCGUCCCCAUGAUUUGUUCGCCUUGUUUCACCGACCAACCAAUAAUUGCAAGAUACGUGAGUGACAUUUGGAAGAUCGGUAUCUUUCUGGAGGAUGGAUUUGAGAGGGUGAGAAUUGAGAUGGCAAUCAAAAAGAUAAUUAUAGGUAAAGAAGGAGAAGAAAUGCGUGAGAGAAUAAGUAGUCUUAAAGAGAAGCUAAAUGUCUCACUUGAUGAAGGUGGCUCUUCUAAUAAGUCUUUAAAGAACUUAGUUGAUUAUAUUUCUUCAUUAUGAAUUUGUUGAAUAUGCUUUUCAAAUUUAACAAAAUGGUAAUUCAUUAGUAAGGGUUAAUGAACUCUCCGAUCUAGUUUGAUCCAGUUUCUUUUUGUAAUUGUCUGAAAAUCGUAUAAUGUUUAAAGUUAUCUGGAUAACUAGUAUUACAUUUUCUGUUUGUAUUUGAAACUUAUUAGUUGUAUGUUACAUUCGCAUAUUUUAAAAUCUUA